AGCAAAGCGUUCUUAGCAACGCUACUUAUCAAACGAUUAUUCGGGUAGGUUUUUUUUUUUUCUACAAAUCUUUGAAUAAUCUUGGAGAAAAGAACUUCGAACCUGCUUUGCUGGCGUCAUUGGCGCUUUCUCAAGCCACUAAAAUGGCGUCCGGAAAUGUAAUUAACAAACCAAAUAAAUCUAAAAUGACAGCAAGAAAAUCUAAAUACUUAGAAGAAGUUCCCACCAGAUUUCCACGGAUAAACCCUGAUAAACUUCCUGUUCCAAUUACUAAUACUGCCAGAUCUCUGCUGAAUUUUAGACUUGCUAAAUAUAAACAAGAACAUUUGACCAAAGAAUUGGUACAAGCUGCCAUCAAAUGUAAGUCCAUCACAAAAGAAACCAAUGAUAAAAUCCCAGAACUUGUCCCUGUCGAACAUCCUCCAGAGAUGAUGAGUCAUACAAGAGCUGUCAGAGAAAACUACUUGUGUUUACGGAAAAAAGUCUGGGAUGGUUCAUUGGUGCCAAUCCAAAGUGAGUGGUUCGAGCGGAUUCUAGAUAAGAUUCCAGAGAAGCUGAAGAACUUACCAAAUUCUCAAACAGUACUUAAUGAUAUGUUCGAAGAGGUUGUAGCAAACUAUGAAAGUAGUAUGAGAAUAUCUCGAGUUCAGCAUGUUUUACUGAAACCAGAUGUAUCUGGAUUAACAGAAGAGGAUAAUGCAGGACCCCCACCACGUGAACCACUUGGUCUUAAUUAUUCCAAAGAAUGGCACAAGAGGUUCAAAAUUAAUCGCAAAGCCAUUCAGCAGAACCUACACCUCUUACAUCCACUCACGCAGAUUCUUUUGAAUGUCUGUCAGACGACAUUAAGUCACAUGACUUUAUUAAACCUAUCAGGGCUCAGGGCUCAAGGUGCUAUAGAAUUAGGAACUUUGAGGAAUAUGGUUAUGUUGGAACUGGAAAAAGCUAACGACAAAUUAAAGAACAGCUGGUACCCGACAAUAAUAAACAUAUUUACUGAAACUAAAUCAUUGAAGAUGAAAGGAAGCAAACUAGAAUCCUUUUUCAUAUCUAUCACCACAAUUCUAUCAAAUCAGUUAAAAGAUAUUUUGGUACGGACCAUCAAUGACUGGGUGUCCCUGUUUGAAGAAGACAACUUAAAGCACCUACCUCUCCUCAAAAUGGAACUGACCUUUGAUGAUGAGAAAAUGCAGUUCUACCCACCGAGCGGAGAUUUAGAAGAGAGUUUGAUUUAUGUUGUCGAAACAAUUUGCAACACUCUGCAGAAGAUACCUACGGUUCAGUGCUGGCUGGCCGAAUCCCAAAGCAACAAUGAAUACAUUGAUGCCACCGUUGCAGACCACAUUGUUCAGAGUGCCAAAAGCAAACUCCAGAAGGCUGUUGAUAGGAAUUUCCGUGAACCUCAAAAUCAGCUUCAUUCUUUUGUGAAUGAAUAUGGUUAUAUGGUUGAUGGAACAGCUUCUGUGCAAAUUGAGGAAUUCAUUAGCCAAGACAAAAGUUUUGAAGAAUACAUCGAGUACAUUGGUCAUUUCCAAAACGUUGCUUACAAAAUCCUGGGCCUACCAAGAAUCAAACAGUUUGAUAUGAUCCAGUUGGAUUGCGAAGAUCUCAAACUUGGACUUGUGAAGGUUGCUCGAGCACAUGCUGAAACACUCCUCUAUAAAGUCGCUGCAGAUCAUCGGAAAGAGAACUUGUGGAUUCGCCAGGAAUUCGAGCAUAUCAAGCAGAGAGCUGAGAAAGAGCCAGAAACCAGCGAAGAAUUAAUGGACAUGAUGAAUUUUGUGGAAUAUACUCAGUCUGUUGGGCUGACAAAUCUGGGCUUACACAUCAAAGAAAUUCAGAAGAGACUAUCAUACCUGGUUGAUAAUUACCAAUUCUCAGAAGAAGACAUUGAACUGAAUGCCAUAGUCCUGACAUGGCCAGAAAACAUUAAUGCGGCUUUUGAUGAAGAUUUGAUGGACUUCUAUAAGCAGAGGGGAGAGAAGAUAUUGCUGGAACGCCGAGAGAAGUUGGUAUUGGAAUUGACAAAGUUGAGGCACCGUGUUGAUGAAUUCAAUGAUUUUGGUGAACUUGACAUGAUGCAGCAAUACAUCAAAGACGGCGCUACAGUACAGAAACGGUUGAAUGAAGCAAGAACACAAGUUGCUUGGAUCAACAAGGAAGAAGUACUAUACAAGUACCCACUGACUCAUUAUCCAGACAUUGAAGAAAUCACGACACUCCUCGAUCCAUUUGUCAGACUCUUCGCUGUUAUUGUUAAAUGGCAGAAGUCAGAGAGAAAGUGGAUGGAUGGGUCAUUCCUGGAGCUGAAUUCUGACGACGUUGAAAAAAGCGUGGAAGAGUUUACCCGAGAGAUUUACAAGCUGCAUAAAAUAUUCAAGACAAAGGAAAAGAAACUGGUGAUGGAGAAGGAUGAGCGGGAGAGGGAGAAGAAGAGAAAGAGGAGAAUGAUGGUACUGGAAGAAGAUGAGUUGGAGCCCGAAGAGGAGCUGCAUCUACCUGUAGGACCCAGGGUGUGUGAUACGGUGCUGGAGGAACUGAAACAAUUCAAGAAAAACAUUCCUCUAAUAACAAUAAUGUGUAACCCUGGGAUGAGGCCACGUCACUGGGAGCGCAUGUCAGAAUUGGUGAGUUUCAAUCUCACCCCUGACACCGGAACAACACUUCGCAAAGUGCUAAAGUAUGAGUUAGAAGAAGAUUUGGAAGAUUUUGAAACAAUAAGUGUCGGUGCUUCAAAGGAAUUCACUUUGGAGAAAAACAUGGUAAAGAUGAAAGAGGAAUGGGAGGACAUUUGUCUCAGUACUACCUUGUAUCGUGACACAAACCUAUCAAUCUUGUCUUCUGUCGAUGAUAUACAGACGAUGCUUGAAGAUCAGAUCAUUAAAACCCAGACCAUGAGAGGGUCUCACUUUAUAAAACCAUUUGAGAAAGACAUCAAGGAAUGGGAAGAGAAAUUGAUUCGGAUCCAGAGUACCAUUGAUGAAUGGCUGAAGGUACAGGCGCAAUGGUUGUACCUGGAGCCUAUAUUCUCAUCAGAGGAUAUCAUGCAACAGAUGCCUGAGGAAGGAAGGUUCUUCCAGUCAGUUGACAGCAGCUGGAAGAGUAUUAUGAAGAAUACAUUGAAAGACCCCAAGGUUAUGGUUGCAACAAACCUGAAGGGUAUGUAUGAGAGGUUAAUUGAAGCUAAUGGUUUAUUGGAGAAAAUCAACAAAGGGCUGAAUGCAUACCUGGAAAAGAAGAGACUAUUCUUUCCAAGGUUCUUCUUCUUGUCUAAUGAUGAAAUGCUGGAAAUUUUGUCUGAGACAAAGGACCCACUGCGUGUUCAGCCUCACCUGAAGAAGUGCUUUGAAGGUAUAGCCAAAUUGGAGUUUGAUUCCAAGCUAGACAUAUUAGCCAUGUUUAGCAGUGAAGCUGAGAAAGUUCAACUUCGAAAAACUGUAUCGACCUCAGCAGCUCGAGGUGCAGUUGAGAAAUGGCUGCUUGAAGUCCAAGAUUCCAUGUUACUGUCUGUGAGAAGCGUCAUAGAAGAAGCUGUCCAUGAUUAUCUUAACAUCAGUCGUAUCGACUGGGUACGGAAGUGGCCAGGACAAGUGGUAUUGUGUGGCUCUCAGAUCUACUGGACCAAAGAGACCCAAGAAGCAAUACAAGCUGGCUCAAAGGGCUUGCUUGACUACCAUGUUGUGUUGAAGAACCAAAUGAUCGACAUUGUCCAACUCGUCCGAGGUAAACUUAGCAAGCAGACCAGAACAACUUUGGGAGCACUGGUCGUCAUUGAUGUCCAUGCGAGAGAUGUUGUUAUGGACAUGGCAAACAGAGGCGUUGCAUCAGACGCUGACUUUAACUGGCUGUCACAGUUGCGAUACUACUGGGAAGAGGACAGGUGCCUCGUAUGUUUAAUCAACGCCACAGUUAACUAUGCAUACGAGUAUUUAGGAAACACACCUCGCCUUGUCAUCACCCCACUUACCGACCGCUGUUACAGAACGCUCAUUGGUGCCUUCCACCUCCAUUUAAAUGGUGCACCUGAGGGCCCCGCAGGAACUGGUAAAACAGAGACAACAAAAGAUCUUGCCAAGGCUCUGGCUGUACAAUGUAUAGUAUUCAACUGCUCAGAUGGCCUGGACUAUAUUGCCAUGGGAAAAUUUUUCAAAGGUUUGGCCUCUUCUGGUGCUUGGGCAUGUUUUGACGAAUUUAACCGAAUUGACCUGGAAGUGUUGUCUGUCGUUGCACAGCAGCUUCUUCGAUCAAUUAUUGAUGUAAACAUGCCAAAAUUCCUGUCACAUGACAUCCCUCUGUUCAAUGGGAUCAUCACAGACUUGUUUCCUGAACUGCAUAUGCCCGAAGCAGACUAUGUUGUUUUCUUGGAAUCCAUGAAGUCCGUGGCUGAGAAGAAGAAUCUACAAUUUGUUGAUUUUUUCAAAGAGAAAAUAAUUCAAACUUACGAAAUGAUGAUUGUCCGUCAUGGUUUCAUGAUUGUGGGUUUACCAUUUGGCGGAAAGACAAAGGUGCUGGAAGUCCUAUCAGAAGGAAUGACUAACCUUAACGAGCAAGGGUGUGAAGACUACGAGAAGGUAAUCUAUCGGAUUAUCAACCCUAAAUCGAUCACCAUGGGCCAGUUGUUUGGUCAGUUUGAUCCUGUUUCACAUGAGUGGACAGAUGGUGUUGUAGCUAACACAUUCCGAGAAUUUGCAUCUGCCGAAAAUGAAGACCGAAAAUGGGUUCUGUUUGAUGGUCCCAUUGAUGCUCUCUGGAUUGAAAACAUGAAUACCGUUUUAGACGACAACAAGAAACUGUGUUUGAUGAGUGGAGAAAUUAUUCAGAUGUCAGCUUCAAUGAGUCUGAUAUUUGAGACGAUGGAUUUGGCACAAGCAUCGCCUGCAACAGUAAGCCGAUGUGGAAUGGUAUAUAUGGAACCAAUGAGCCUUGGUUGGCGCCCACUUGUCCAAUCAUGGAUAGCAGCAUUCCAAGAACCAAUGUCUACAGAGAGAGAACUAAUUCACCUCAUGUUUGAAUGGCUGCUUGACCCGUGUAUAGAAUUUAUCCACAAAAAGUGUAAAGAGUACGUGCCAACCAGUCAAGCCAGCCUUGUUGUGUCUCUGAUGAAGCUGGUCGACAUGUUGCUGCUUAGAUCUCCCCCUAAAGAAGACAUAGACAGCAAACGUAUGAGAAGCUACAUUCAGUCAGCCAUUAUGUUUGCAAUACCUUGGUCAAUUGGCGCCGUCAUUGACGUGGAUGGAAGACUCGCCUUUGAUUCGUUCUUCCGAGAACUCUAUUUAGGCAAAAAUGAGUCCUACCCAAUUCCAAAGGCAAUCGGUAAAAUAGAUAUACCAAUACCCGAGGUAUUUAGUAUCUAUGACUAUUGGUUUGAGUUCAAAUUGCGCGGUCAGUGGAAGCCAUGGACUGAGUUCAUUAAAGGUUUCGAAUCCACAGAAAAAGACAUCAGAAACAUCUUAGUUCCAACGGUCGAUACAGUUCGCUACACAUAUCUUUUGAAUCUUUCUAUAGAGCAAAACAUGCCAAUAUUAUUCGUUGGCCCUACGGGGACAGGGAAGAGCUCUUAUGUCCAAGAUAAGCUGAUGAAAGGAAUUUCAAAAGAGAAAUACAUUCCGACUUUUCUGAACUUCUCUGCUCAAACUUCUGCCAAUCAAGUUCAGACCAUUAUCAUGACAAGUCUUGCCAAGAGAAGGAGAGGAGUGUUUGGCCCACUAAUUGGUAAAACAGCCAUCAUAUUUGUUGACGAUAUGAACAUGCCCGCUAAAGAAGUGUAUGGAGCUCAACCCCCUAUUGAACUACUGCGACAGUUUUUUGACCAUGGACAUUGGUAUGAUCUGAAAGAUACUUCUAAACUUAUCCUAAAAGAUAUCCAGUUUCUCGCUGCCAUGGGUCCUCCAGGUGGUGCUCGCUGUGAUGUUACCCCAAGGUUUCUACGUCAUUUCAACAUUGUCGCAAUGAAUCCAUUCAGCGAGGAUUCGAUGGUGAGAAUAUUUUCAACACUGAUGUCCACAUACCUCCGAGCAGAAGAGUUUGGCACUGAAUAUCUUGGGAUUGGAAACAUGGCUGUCAGUGCGACCAUGGAGGUUUAUAAGAAUGCUAUGAUUCAUUUGUUACCAACUCCAGCUAAGUCACACUAUGUCUUCAACCUGCGAGAUUUCUCUAGAGUCAUAUAUGGAGUGUGCCUCAUCAAGAAGAUAGAACUUGAAAACAAGAAAAUGUUUAUCAGAUUGUGGGUACAUGAAAUAAUGCGAGUGUUUUACGACAGAUUAAUUGAUGACAGUGAUCGAGAAUGGCUUUUCAAAAUGUGCCAGAGAUUAGUAAAAGAGACAUUCAAGGAAAAUUUUGAUUUGGUGUUUAAUCACCUUACUACAGAAGAUAAGGUGUGUGAAGAAGACUUUCACAACUUGAUGUUUGGGGACUACAUGAACCCAGAUGCCAUGAUAGAUGAAAGAGUGUAUACCGAAGUGAAGUCACUGGACGAUAUGUAUCAGGUUGUUUACACAUACAUGGACGAAUACAACAAUACCCACAAAACUACAAUGGAUCUGGUCAUAUUUCGAUAUGUGUUGGAGCACUUAUCAAGAAUCUGUCGGAUUUUGUGUUCCCCUGGUGGCAAUGCUCUCUUGGUAGGAGUUGGUGGUAGCGGGCGCCAAUCUUUGACCCGAUUAGCCAAUGCAAUGGCUUGCUACCAUUUGUUCCAACCAGAGAUUACCAAGAGUUAUGGUAAGACAGAAUGGAGAGAAGACAUAAAGAGUGUACUAAAAGAAGCUGGUGGUCUAAACAAGCCUGUAUCAUUCCUAAUCACUGACACGCAAAUCAAAGAGGAGAGAUUUCUAGAAGAUAUCGACAGUCUUCUCAACACUGGAGCUGUUCCCAAUCUCUUCACAGCCGAAGAGAAAGGUGAAAUUUUAGAGCUGGUGCGUCCUGCAGCCCAAGCUGGAAACCGAUCCGAAGAACUCAGUCUGCUGGCAUUGUUUGCAUUCUUUGUCAACCGUUGUCGAUUGAAUCUUCACAUAAUUAUUGCGUUCAGCCCAAUUGGUAAUGCCUUCCGGAACCGCUUGCGUCAAUUUCCUUCCCUCAUUAACUGCUGCACAAUUGACUGGUUCCAGGCUUGGCCCCAAGAUGCUCUUGAAAGAGUUGCAAUGAAAUAUAUGCAGGAGGUCAAAAUCAGUAAGGCCAACCGAGUAACAACUGUUCAGAUUUGUCAAUACUUCCACCAGAGUGCCUGUGAGUUGUCAGAGCAAUAUCUUGCACAACUGGGUCGGCAUAAUUAUGUCACUCCAACGUCUUAUCUGGAAUUGAUCCAUGCCUUCAGAAGUUUGCUGGCACAGAAGCAAGAGGAAAUAAUGUCUGCCAAAAACAGAUAUGUCACUGGUUUAGAUAAGCUGAAAUUUGCUGCUGAACAGAUUGCCACAAUGCAGUCUCAGCUCGAGAGUUUACAACCAGAACUCCUGAAGUCUUCAAAGGAAGCUGAAGACAUGAUUGAGGUGAUUGAGAAGGAAUCCGCCGAUGUGGAAGUCACCACGAAGAUCGUAAAGGCUGACGAAGCUGUGGCAAACGAACAAGCUGCAGAAGCAAAAGCAUUAAAAGAUGAAUGUGAGGCAGAAUUGGCUGAAGCGAUUCCAGUCCUGGAAGCUGCCCAGGCAGCACUCGAUACUCUCAAGCCGGCUGAUAUCACAAUUGUAAAAUCCAUGAAGAGUCCUCCUGCUGGUGUGAAGCUAGUCAUGGCUGCUGUCUGUGUCAUGAAGGAUAUUAAACCAGAGAGGAUAGCAGAUGCAAGCACCGGCAGAAGGACUCUGGAUUACUGGGGCCCAUCAAAGAAGCUGUUAGGGGACAUUUCAUUCUUAAAUCAGUUACGAGAUUAUGAUAAAGAUAAUAUUCUGCCCCAUAUCAUGCAUAAGAUCCGGACCGAGUAUCUGACCAAUCCUGAGUUUGACCCAGCUAAAGUGGCCAAGGCUUCCUCGGCAGCUGAAGGUUUGUGUCGCUGGAUUUCUGCCAUGACAAUCUACGACAAAGUUAACAAGGCUGUCGCUCCAAAAAAGGUGAAACUAGCUGAAGCCGAAAGUUGCCUGAAGAUGACGAUGGACAAUCUGAAAGCAAAGCAAAAUGAAUUAAAAGCUAUCGAGAAACGGCUAGCUGACUUGAAAGCUUCGUUUAGAGAAACCAAAGAAAAAAAGAUGAACCUGGAAAAUGAAGUUGAUUUGUGUGGCAAAAAAUUAACACGAGCUGAGAAACUGAUUGGUGGCCUUGGUGGGGAAAAAGACAGGUGGAUUGCAGCAGCUAAUUCUUUGCAAGAUACUUAUGAUAACCUGAUUGGAGAUAUAUUGAUAUCUGCUGGAGUGAUUGCAUAUUUGGGACCCUUCACAUCAGCAUUCCGUGAGAGGUGCAUCACAGACUGGGUGCAGCUGUGUAAAAGCAAAUUGAUUCCGUGUUCAGAUGAAUUCUACUUGAGUAAAACUCUUGGAGAACCAAUCAAAAUACAGGCUUGGAAUCUUGCUGGAUUACCAUGUGAUAAUUUCUCUAUUGAGAAUGGUGUUAUUGUAGCUAAUUCCAGACGCUGGCCACUAAUGAUUGACCCUCAAGGUCAAGCAAACAAAUGGGUGAAGAACUCUGAGAAAAGCAAUUUGGCCGUAAUAAAACUGACCGACCCAGAUUACAUGCGGACUCUGGAGAAUUGCAUCCAGCUUGGCUAUCCCUGUCUGUUAGAAAACGUCGGUGAAGAACUGGACCCGUCUCUCGAAUCUCUCCUGUUAAAACAAAUAUUUAAACAAGCUGGUGUCCGAAUGAUACGUCUUGGAGAAAACAAUAUUGAGUAUAGCAUGGAUUUCCAAUUCUACAUCACAACUAAACUAAGGAACCCUCACUACCUGCCAGAAAUAGCUACCAAAGUCUCACUGCUAAACUUCAUGAUAACACCAGAAGGUCUUGAAGAUCAACUGUUGGAAAUAGUUGUAGCCAAAGAACAAUUCAACACCACUGUGUACAUCAUUGCACCGAACCAAUCUUGUGUCUCUUCUGUUUUCCAGGUGGCUGAGGAGACAGAAAAGAAAAUUAACGCCUCAAGAGCUGGUUAUCGACCAAUUGCUAAACACUCUUCCACACUCUUCUUCUCCAUUGCUGACCUUCCAAACAUCGAUCCUAUGUACCAAUACUCUCUCACCUGGUUCGUCAACCUCUAUAUUACAUCAAUCCAUGACAGUAAUAAAUCAAAGAUCCUGGAGAAGCGUCUUCGUUACCUGUCCGAACAUUUCACCUACAACCUCUAUUGCAACGUCUGUCGGUCAUUAUUUGAGAAAGACAAGUUGCUCUUCUCAUUCAUUUUAACCACCAAGCUACUGUUUGCCAAAGAUGAAUUGGACAAUGCAGAACUGUUGUUUCUUUUGACUGGUGGAGUCGGUCUGGAAAACAAACUUGCCAACCCGGAUACUAGCUGGUUGUCCGAUAAAUCAUGGGACGAAAUAUGCAGACUCUCAGAAUUGAAAGCUUUCAAAGGAUUUCGCAUGAUUAUUCCAGCAAUCACAAACUACGUGGCUGAAAAACUGGGCAAAAAAUUCAUCGAACCACCACCAUUUGAUUUAGCAAAGAGCUUCACAGAUUCUAAUUCUUGUUCACCUCUGAUAUUUAUUUUAUCUCCCGGAGCUGAUCCGACAAUGAGUUUGCUUAAAUUUGCUGAAGACAAAGGAUUUGGAGGCAAAAGGUUUCAAUCCAUCUCGCUUGGACAAGGACAGGGUCCAAUUGCAGCAAAGAUGAUUGCCGUGGCUAAAACAGAGGGUCACUGGGUCUUGUUGCAGAACUGCCAUUUAGCCGUGUCUUGGAUGGACGCUAUGGAAAAGAUCUGCGAGGAAUUAAACCCUGAAGACACUGCUCCGGAAUUCCGACUCUGGUUGACCAGUUAUCCCUCCCCAAAGUUUCCAGUAACAGUGCUUCAGAAUGGAGUGAAAAUGACUAACGAACCACCAACUGGGCUCCGACAAAAUCUACUCCAGUCUUAUCUCACAGAUCCAAUCAGUGAUCCAGUGUUCUUCCAUAAUGCCAAAGGCAAAGAAUUGCAAUUUGAGAAACUGCUCUUUGGUUUGUGUUUCUUCCAUGCCCUUGUUCAAGAGCGACGAAAGUUUGGUCCGAUCGGCUGGAACAUCCCUUAUGGAUUUAAUGAAUCUGAUUUAAGGAUUUCAGUACAGCAACUUCAGAUGUUCAUCAAGGAAUACGCCGAGGUUCCAUUUGAAGCCAUCACGUACAUGACUGGAGAAUGUAACUAUGGAGGACGUGUCACUGAUUCCUGGGACAGGCGUUGCUUGUUGACCAUUCUAGCAGACUUUUACACCCCAGCAAUUAUAAAGGAAGCCAAAUACAGGUUCUCCUCCAGUGGUAUUUACUAUGCCCCACAGAAGGGCACAUAUGAGGAUUAUGUGGAAUUCAUCAAGGAGAUGCCGCUAAGUCAGCUGCCAGAAGUCUUUGGAAUGCAUGAAAAUGUUGACAUCACUCGAGAGCUGCAUGAAACCCACCAGUUGUUCGAAUCCUUCCUGCUUACCAUUGGACGAAAAGAGGGUGGAGGCUCAGGAAGUUCAGUCGACACUCUCAGUGACAUUGCUACAGAUAUCUUGGCCAAGUUGCCCCAAAACUACAACAUCGAAGAAGGUAUAAAGAAAUAUCCUGUUGUCUACCAAGAAAGUAUGAAUACCGUUCUUGUACAAGAGAUGGAAAGAUUCAAUAAGCUUAUGCAAAUUAUCCGCUCAAGUCUUCUCAGUCUACAGAAAGCCAUCAAAGGUUUGGUUGUGAUGUCAGCAGACUUGGAAGCUUUGGCCAACAGCUUACUACUGGGCAAGGUGCCAGCUCUAUGGGCAAAACGGUCAUAUCCGUCCUUGAAGCCACUCGGCAGCUACAUGCAAGAUUUCUUAGAACGUCUCAAGUUUUUACAAACUUGGUAUGAUUCACAAAAACCCCCAGUGUUUUGGGUGUCUGGUUUCUUCUUCACUCAGGCAUUUCUCACUGGUGUCAUGCAGAAUUAUGCCAGGAAAUAUACCAUUCCUAUAGAUAAUCUAGCCUUUGAUUUUGAAGUGUUGCCUAUCACAAAAUCUGAGACCCCACCCGACGACGGAGCUUACAUCCAUGGAUUGUUCCUUGAUGGUGCACGCUGGGACUGUAAUCUAGGUAUCCUUGUUGACCAGUUACCAAGGGUUCUAAUUGAACCAAUGCCUCUGAUUUGGUUGAAACCCAGCUACAAGGACAAUAUCAUUGAAGAUGGAAGCCGCUACAAUUGUCCAGUUUAUAAGACCAGUGAAAGACGAGGGACUUUGUCAACCACUGGUCACUCUACUAACUUUGUCCUGGCCAUCCUUUUGAAUACAGCAAAACCAGUCCAGUACUGGAUCAAGCAGGGAACUGCUUUAUUAUGCCAAACUGACGAUUAAAUUUUACUGAGAAAAUAAACAUGGAUAUAUAA